GAGCGUAUUCCAAGACAGGAAAUGGAAACAGGAAACAAGAAUUCCUGCUUUUUCCUGGAAUUCCGGCAGGACAGGAAAAUAUUUUCCAAGAACAGGACAAGACAGGAAAUUUUAUUCCUAACAAUUCCAUUCUUGUUUUAUUAAUUUUAUCACAUUUUAAUAGGAAUAAAAUAUUCGUUUGAAGACAACAUUAAAUUUUAAUUUUUGUAAUACUGUUUAUUGACGUAAUAUACUUUCUUUCGUGUGCCCACGCCCACUACCCACUCCACUCCAUCUCCAACCAAAGUUCCCGCCAAAUCUACGCUCUUAGUUAGCUAACUACACGCCCACUCGAGAUACAUUCACGCACUAUACAUACAUACAAAUUUAAAUAGCAACUAACAAAAUGUGUUUUACAUCGGCCGGCCGCUCUAUCUGCCUUAUUCCCAUGCCGCAUUAAAUACAUAAUGCAAUUUCAUUAACUGUCUUCUGUCUACGUCAACGAGUUCAACGACUCUUCUUCUACACUUAAGUUCAAAUAUCUAGUGUUUUCUUUUUGAACGAAACAAAACCAUGGACCUGCUGGACAACAAUUGGGAUUUAGAGUUUGACCCUGAUGAAGAUGACCCUGGACCUGGACUGAAUGAGCUUGACGCUUCAGCGGCUGAAGGAAGGAUCGCUGUUUCUGAUGCUGGAACGUCUGGAUUAAAUCAGCAGGCUACUUCAGUUACAGCACCAAUAACUGUUGACAAGUCACAUUUGCAGAAUAUUUUACAUGAUGCGUCCAAAUGCACGAGAGUGCACUUCGUCGGCCCUAAAAAGGGUGAAGGCAAAUCAGCUGCUGCCUAUUUUGAUAGGCUAUGUGCUUAUGGAAAAGCAACGAACUUUAUUGUCUGCCGUCAGUGCGAAACAUUGCUGAGAUUUAACGCUACGGAGGGACCAUCUGGCAUGAUCAGACACUGGAAAACCUGCUCUAAAAUCAAAACUGGACCUGGUGUCACAUUGCAAGGAGUAAAAACAGGUCCUCGAGGGAUUCAAAUGAAGUUAGCAACCCAAAGGAAGGUACCAAGGAAGGUAAAAUCUGAGGUCACAAAAGUCAUAGCAGAAAUGUGCAGCUCGGAUCUACGUCCAUUCAAUAUUGUUGAGGGAGCUGGAUUCCGCACUUUUUGCCAAAAGUUGAUUGAUACUGGUGCAAAUUUUGGGAAAGUAGAAGUAGACGAAGUUGUCCCGAAAAAAAAUGCGGUGGCUGCGCAUAUUGAGAAAAUCAUUUUGGUCGUGGAGGAGCACAUCACAGAAGCAUUUGGGCAGGCAAGACAUUCUUUAAAUACAAGUUUUAAGAAAAAUAUGUAACAUUUUUGUGUGAUGAUGAUGAUAUAAUUUUGUUUAUUUGUCUUUGCAGAAAUAUAGACCCCUUGCCUUUACAGUGGACGCCUGGACCCAAAAAUUUAAAAAUGAGUCCUGUUUGGGAGUAACUGCUCAUCGACUGAAGCUGUCAAAAGUAGAAUCAACAGGACAACCCACCAUUGUCCUUGAGGACCAGGUUUUAGGGAACAACCCCUUCCCACCCCCCCACAAUCAGGAAACCAUUUUCAAUGAGUUUGAAGCUGUCACGCUGAAAUACGGCAUCAUGACGACCAGUUGUGUUGUCGUAACUGACAAUGACGCUGCUACGAAAGCUGCGUUUAACAAACAAAGCCACUUAACAUGGUUAUCGUGCGCAGUUCAUGACGCUAACUUGGCUGUGAAGCAAACUCUGCAGAGUGCUGCACUUCCAAAUGAAAUUAAAGUUGCCAUCGAGGCAUGCAAAGAAAUCGUGAGAUAUGUUAAAAAGGCCCAGUUGAACAGCAAACUUCUUGAGUUAGGAAAGAAGUCUUUGAAACAAGAAUGUGAGACCCGCUUUAACAGCCUAUGGAACAUGGUUAGAUCUGUUAACGACGCCAUGGCUGCAUUGCCAGAAGUUCUUCCAAUAGAGCGCCGAGGAGGCCUUCCUAAACUUACCAAGCCAUCAUUUACAGAGCUGAUAUCUAUUCUCUCACAUUUUGACGCCCUAACUAGAGAAUUGAGUGCCUCAAAAGUGCCCACAUUAUUUCUAAAGCCACUGUGGAAGAAAGAGUUGAUGAAACUCUUAAACGAAAAGUCAAAGGAUAGAUCGAUUUCUGCUGCUGGUCAGAAGGUGGCCAGUAUGCUCAUGGACAGUGUUGAGAGCAAAGUACAACUUCAAACUCUGCAUUUUUGUGCGACAAUUUUGCACCCGCAGUUUAAAUACUUUGUGCAAAGAGAAUACGGAGCAGAGUGCCACAAUGAAGCGGCAGAUUUCCUUGAGUCAAAAAUGAUGCCAGACUGCGCUCAGCAUUUUCAAGAUCUGCUAGGUGAUGGCAUAGAGGACUGCCAGCGACAGCCAAACAACCUAUUAGGAAAUUCCUCAUCCGAGCAGCAGAUCCCAAUGAGCCAUGUUAAUAUUUGGGAUAGAAUCCAAUCAUACGGUUGUGGCAGUUCCAGCAGCGGCCUUUCUGAGGAUUUUACUGCAUUUACCUCCCACGCUGAAGAACUGGCAUCGUGGAUGUGUGUACCAGAGAGAAAAUUGGAGGGCAAAAGUAUCCUGAAUUAUUGGAGGGAACAAAAACACCAUCCAAUUUUGGCUGCCACAGCACUUUUCAUCCACAGUAUUCCGUGUUCCUCAAUCCCAUCCGAAAGGCUGUUUUCCGUAUCAGGCAGAAUUACAGCAGAUCCAAGAAGAUCGUCCCUCAGUGCAGACAAACUAAGCAAGUUGUGUGUGAUCAACAGUUUCAAGAAAAAUGGGGGGAAAAUCGAGUGACUUGUGAAAGUGACAAUUUUA